CCUGACAACCCUGCCCCUGCCUCUUCGCUCCAACUCUGGCUCUUGCUUCGAUUGUAAUUGUAUAUAUAUACAUAUAUAUUCCAACCAUAUAUAUAUGUUCGAGUGUAGAAUUAUCAUUUUUUUGUUGCCGAAAAACUGUGUUCCGUGUUGAGAGGCGAGGGCGCCAUCCUAAAUGGCAUUGCACGACCGCCGGGAGCGAGCCGAGCGAACCACGAAAACCGAGAGCAAGUGCCCGCAAUCGAGACAGAGGCCGAGACCGAAAGCGAGACUCCGAGUCCAGCGAAUCCCAGACGACUCCUAGACGCACAGGAGUCGCCGCUGGUAAGGCGGCCCUAACCCCUGGAAGCCCCCUAAUCAGUCCGACGAGUCAGUGGACCUAGCGGAGCACCAUGUGCGAGGUCUGCGCCGACUUCCAGAAUCUCCUGGAGCUGUAUGAGGUGCGCGUGGCUAGCUCCGAUCUCAAGUUCCAGCUGCUGCUGAAAAGCGAGAUCGAGACCACCUUCAACUACAUCCAGUCGUGGCCGCAGCGCCAGUGCAUGUGCCUUUACCGGGACACCAAGAACUACGACCGCUUUAACCUGGUGGUGCAGUCACUGAUCUGCCUUACGGUGCAGCACCUAAAGCACAUCGACCACCUGAUCGACAACUACAAAAGGCUCACCGCAAGCGCCGCCCAGGUAGUGGCCCAGGCCCAGGCCCAACAGCAGCGCGACGAGGCGGCGGCUCAGGCGGAGAACAAGGAGUCUUCUUCACCGCCCGAGGCUGAAAAAGAAGAACCGUCCGGAUCCUCGAAUGAAGAUGCGAAGGGAUCAGGCGAUGGUCCAACAAAGAAGCCGCCAGUUGGUCCCUGCACUCCUCCGCCUCCGACGUCGACAGCGGCAGCCCCAUCCCAGCACAAAUCCCACCUGCAGUACACCGAGGAGCCCUGGAUCCUGCCUGAAGUGGAGAAGCUCCUGGUGCUCGUCUCCAAAGUGUUCCUGCUCAACUUCCCGCUGUAUAUCGCCCACAAGCAUGGCAUGCACUCGCGCCUGGACGAUCUGCAGGCGGAGGAGGCCCAUCACCUGGCUCUCAUCUGCGACCUGCACGACAACGACCUGCCCAUCUACCUGCUCCGCAACGUGAGCCUCUUCUGCAACUCGGGUGGUUUCGGGGCCAUGUCGCUGUGCUUCGAGCACCCCGACCUGCCGGUGUCCACCGCGCACUCGAUGACCGCCGCAGUCUCGAACGUGAAGCUCUGGCUGAACUACCAUUGCAACACGCAGCUCUUUGUGCCGCUGCGCAGCCGCAUCCUGCAGUACAUGUGCAAGCUGUCGGACCAGAGUCUUCGAUCCGCCGCCACUCGCGCCAUGGCCGACUUCGUGUGGUCCUCCAUGCGGGACCCGCUGGACGUGGCCGUCAACUUCGACACCGAAGGACUGGCCCUGGCCUUCAAGUACUUCACAUCGACCACGCUGACCAUGCGACUGGCAGGCAUGGCCCAGAUCAACGCACACAUCAACCUGUUCAACGAGAUCUGCACAACGGAGACAGUUAACGAAGUAGAACUGUUUGGACAGCGCAUUGCCAACUGGUUGACCGAUAACCAUAUUGUGCAGCAUCUUUUCGGUCCGAAUCUGCACGUGGAGAUUGUGAAGCAGGCGCACGUGUUGCUCAACUUUCUGGCGGUGGAGAACCAGAUCUCCGAGGAGGACAUCAAACUCAUUUGGCAGGCCACUCAGUUGAAGCACUGCUCCAAGACAAUCUUCGACAUUCUGCCGUCGCUGGUCAAGAACCUCACACCGCGUCCGUCCAUGCACCUCUACUCACUGCUCUGCCGCAUGGAUCCCAAGGAGCACACCGAGCAGAGCAUCUACAUAGCGUCGGCUCUCACAAAGCUGCUGUGGACGCGAGACUGCUCGCGCAGCCAGAUGAACCUGAUGCAGGACCACCUGCUGGGAUCCAAUGUGACUGCUUCGAGCUCCGACAGCGGCAGCAUUGAGGGCAGCAACACGGAGGACGACCACGUGGGCGCCGACGACAGCAGCAUCGCCAGCGGUGGAGGCGGUGGCAACAAGAGUCCAAUUGAUGGAGUAACGCCGUGCAAGCAGGCGCGCCACAGGCGGCACAUCUGCGACCCGACCACCGAGAAGGGCAAGCAGAUCAGUCCAGAGGAUAUGGCCAAAGUGGACAUUGUAAACAAUCGGAUUGUGAACAUUAUCGACAACACGAGCAGCGAGGAGGAGCUGCAGUCGCGAGCCGCACUUGAGCUUCAGCUCCACCGCAGCCGAAAGAAGACGACCAACAAGCGACGCCGCCAAAAGGCCAACAAACAGAUCGUUAUUCCCCAAGAGAUGGUCGAGAUUUGGGAGGGAGGCGAGGAUGUGCCCAGCAGUGACGAGGCGGAUGCGGACGGCGAUGGAGAUGGCGAGGGCGAACUCUUGGCCGACAGCGACGAGUGCAGCGAUGGAGCCACAAGCCAAUUGGUGCCCGCCGCCGUGCUGAAGCAUCUGCAAGGUGAGGGACCCUACAUCCGGGCCAUCGAGACCAACAUAAGCGAGCUGCUCAGCGGUGCUGAGAACGACGGCAGCUACUCCUCCCCAAUGAGCAACAAAUCGGAAAAGAACCUGGCCGACUUCGAUGACGAGGACGUGUCGCCAUGCGAGGAGGAGCUAGCACAGUUAGUCAGCUCCCGCGCGAACUGCCGGGAUGUUCCGCCAGCAUUUGCCGCUGCUGCCGCCGCCAUGAUGGUGGCCCAGUCAGCGAUGGCCCUUCAGAAGUCAGGGGAGUCCAACGUUGCUGCCGCUGCAGCUGCGGUAGCCGCUGCUGCGGCGGCCACAGGAAAUGCCCAGCAAACACUGGUGGCCAUGAAUCGACAGGCUAGUGUCGCCGCCGCCGCUGCCGUGGCUGCUGCGGCCAAGGCAAAAUCCGACUCUGAUUUGGAUCUAAUGGAGGUGGCUUCCGCCGGCAAGCAACACCACUCCCCCAAGGCGAGUCAGGGCAGCUCAACAUCUGGUGGUACUCCCGUGCAGCCCUCCUUCAAGCUGAACGAUGUCUGUCAGCCUGGAAACACUCUGCUUUGGGAUCUGCUCCAGGAUGACAAAAUUGGUCAACUGGGUGAAUCCUUGGCCUUGGAGGCGGAGAAGGCGCUGGCCACUCUUCUGUGCUUCAGCAUGGAUCGCCAGCUGCGCACCAAGUUCAUCGAAGGCUGCCUUUACAAUGUGGCCAACAAUCGGAGCGUAAUUGUCAGUCUGCGACUGCUGCCAAAGCUGUUUGCCUCCUUCCAGCAAUUUCGUCCUUCAGACACGCACUCGAUGACACUGUGGGCGGAGCGGAAUCACCGGAUGAUGCAGUGCUUCUUCAACAACAUUCGCCACUAUGCGCGUCGCCAUGCCGAGAUACUAAUCACUCAGAACGGAGAGCAACAGCAGCAGCAGUUGGGCGGACAGCUCUACUCGCACAAGACACAAGUCUCUGUUCGCCUGCAGUUCCUCUCCUCGAUCUUCUCGACAGUGGGAUCGCCGAAGAGCUUCCGCCUAACGCUAGAGCAGCUGGACGCGCUCUGGGAGUGGCUGGCCCACGAUCCGGAGUGCGCCGACUGCUACUUCUCGUGGCUGCAGUCGCAGGCGAAGGGCGGCGACCAGCAUGCCCUUGGCAUCGAGGCACUGCAGCAUUUGUAUCUAAAGAAGCUGCCCGAACUGCGACCCGAGGAGUUCUCCAUGGUGGCGCUGGGCCUGUUCCAGCAGCUCUGCAGCUUCGCCCGCAUUGCGAUGGCCGAGUACGACAAGCACAGCGAGCAGAUCUCGGCCAGCGCCAGUGCCGUGGGCAUGUACCACCUGUGGAAGAUCGCACUGCGCGCCCAGAGCAACGACGUCUCCUUGGCGGCCAUCCAGUACAUCAACAUGUACUACAUGGGACAGCAGCUGCGCCUGGAGAAGGAGUUCGUUUCCCAGUGCAUGGAGAACUUGGUUCAAGCGGCAACGGCUCUGGAAAGCAUCGAUGACGAGACUGCUUUAAUGCGGGUGCAGCGCGGCCUCCUGUUGCUGAACACUCACCUGGACACUUUCCGGCGUCGGUAUGCAUUCCACCUGCGCCGCUGGGCCAUCGAGGGCAAGGGGAUCGGAUCGCACAGCAACCUGAAGAACGAGGGGGCGGGUCCUCCACUGCGGAUUGUGCUGCAGCAGGCGGGACUGUCGGAGAAGAGUCUGCUGCAGAUGCACGCCUGUGAUCUGAUCGCCGACCUCAAGGCGGAGGUGUCCAAGUGGUGGGAGAGCCUGCAAACGGGACUGGCUGCACCUGUGCUCGGACUGCUGCUCAGCGAUGGACCGCUGCGGAUCAUCACACAGGGACAGGAGCUGACCUCGGACUACGACGAACGAAGUCUCGGGGAUGCCGGCUUCAAGGACAACCAAAUCGUAUACGUGUCCCUGGGAGGACGCGGCGCCAGGCGAAAGGAGUCGAAUUUGGAGCACCCGUCAAUGCUUCCUCCGCCGCCAAAGGAGUGCCUGCCCACGGUGCUCCUCCUGCAGCCCAAGUACUUCGAAAAGCUGUUCUGUCUGAUGCAGACUCUCGGAGACAUGCAACCACAGGCGGCGACUGUGAAUCCCCAGCACCACACCAAGGCGCAGUUGCUCUCGCGUCGCGUGUGGGACAUCCUUGCCAUGCUGCCCACCAAUCCACACAUACUGGACGCCUUCAAGAGCCUCGUCUCCGACCUUAGCGAACUGGAGCAGCUGGACGCUGGCGGGGAGGAGGAGCAGCUGGCCACCAAGCGCAAGCAGAUCAAGCAGAAGUUCAGGGACCUCCUCGAUCCGAACAAUCUGCAGAAGUUCAUGUACUCGCUGCACAUCGUGGAGAGUCUGGCGCUGACCAGUUCCAGACGAGGGGAGUCCAACGGCAGCCUGGCCAUUGGCCAUCCUCCGGAGCAGAUCCGAGUGAAGAAAUCUUCGAUGGGGAGGCGCCGCAAUAGCAACGAGCAGCCACCACCACCGCCGCCGGAGGUCAAGCAGAGCAAGGAGCAGCUGUGCGAGCUGGAGGCCCCGCUGACGCCCACUCCCUCCUCCGGACUGCAGGACGUGGAGACGGAGGCCAGCAGCAGCAGCGGCGGCGACAAGGAGAACCAGCCGAAGCAGCACAGCAAGCGGCAGAAAAAGAGCGAGGCCUUCGACCAGGAAAAGGAGCGUCCAGUGGGCUGUUCCACGCCCCCGUCUCCGACUCCUCCGCCGCCGCCUCAACUUUCCGUGAUGGAGAGGGGCGACAACAAGUGGAGCGAGGCGUUCGUCAAGUGCGGCGGACUGCGACACCUCUACGAGAUCUUCAGCGGCGGGCAACUGCAGCAGAGUGCGCAUCCCAAGGAGCUGGCGUUGAACGAGUGGCGCCACGAUUGCCUAGCGAGUCUGCUGCGCAUCCUGUGGCUCCUGGGAUUCGAGGAGCUGCAGUCGCCGGAUGUGCAUGUGCUGAUGUCCCGUCCGCAUCCCUUUAUGCUGCAGUUGAUGGAGGUGCCGGAGUGCCUGACGCGUCUCUCGUCGAUCCUCAACGACGAGGUGCAUCAGCAGCACCAGGCCUCGUCGGCCAACCCACUGGUGUUCCCCUACCAGUUCCAGCACUUGCGCACCGGAUUCUGGGGUCGAGCGCAGCUCAUCCAGUUCGCCAUGAACAUCCUGGUGAGCUUCGUGCACGCCUCGGCGGAAGCGAGGAGGCUUCUCUGGGCGCAGUCGGACACGGAUCACUGCCGCUGGCUGCAGAAGUUCAUCCUGGAGGAUCCGGAACCGGCGGUGCGCCGCGAAAUCUGCGCUGGCUUGUACCGCAUCUGCCUGGGAAACGCACACAGCUAUCGCCUCCUAUUGGCGCCACUGCUGCACAAGCUGAUCGCCCUGCUUCCCCUGGCGGAGCAGAUGAGCUCCGGCACCCAGCCCACGCAGUUCCUGCUCUCCGAGGAGGGCAAGGAUCCGUACGGUCCCGCUUGCCGCGACUACUUCUGGCUGCUGGCCAGACUGGUGGACACUCUCUCGCCGGAAAUGGUGGCCGAGGAGCACAUCGACAUCGAGAUGCUGUGCGAGAGCAUCUCGCAGAGCAUUCUUACCCGGGACUACUUCGAGCUGCGCCACGGCUACCAGGACGACGGGCUGGUGGGUCUGCUGAACCUCAUGUCCAACCUGAUCAAGUACGACACCACCUUCAAGUACACCCCGAAGGCCCUGUCCUUCAUUGAGCAGCUGAUCGGCUUCCUGUUCGACAUGCCCUCGCCGGCGGAUCGCCAGAAGCCCAAGUGCAAGUCGGGCACCUCCCGGGCGGCCGCCUACGAUCUGCUGGUGGAGCUGUGCCGCGGGUGCGCCACCAACUACGGCUAUCUGCACGGACGCCUCCUGGCGCAGCACAAGGCGGGACCCAAGCAGCCGUAUCCCUGGGACUACUGGCCGCGGGACGAGGGUCGAUCCGAGUGCGGCUACGUGGGCCUGACCAACCUGGGAGCCACCUGCUACAUGGCCUCCUGCGUCCAGCACUUGUACAUGAUGCCGCAGGCGAGGGCAGCCGUGCUGAGGGUUCCUCCCACUGCCGCGCGCAAGCACGGACCCACGCUCCUGGAACUGCAGCGUAUGUUCGCCUAUCUGCUGGAGUCGGAGAGGAAGUCCUACAACCCGAGAAGCUUCUGCCGCGUCUACCAAAUGGAUCACCAGCCCCUGAACACGGGCGAGCAAAAGGACAUGGCCGAGUUCUUCAUCGACCUGGUGUCCAAGCUGGAGGACAUGACGCCCGACUUGAAGCACCUGGUGAAGAGGCUCUUCUGCGGAUCCCUGAGCAACAACGUCGUCUCCCUGGACUGCGGUCACGUCUCCCGCACUGCAGAGGACUUUUACACGGUUCGCUGCCAGGUGGCGGAUAUGCGCAACCUGCAGGAAUCGCUGGACGAGGUCACCGUAAAGGACACUCUGGAGGGCGACAACAUGUACACCUGCUCGCAGUGCGGCAAGAAGGUGCGAGCGGAGAAGCGGGCCUGCUUCAAGAAGCUGCCCCAGAUCCUCUGCUUCAACACAAUGCGCUACACCUUCAACAUGGUCACCAUGCUGAAGGAGAAGGUGAACACGCACUUCUCGUUCCCGCUGCGCCUGAACAUGUGCCACUACGUGGAGAAGACCCUAAUGCCGCAGCAGUACAAGGAGGAACGUGAGAGGCGCCAGCGGGAGAACGAAGGAGCCGAAGCAGGCGGAGAUGAGAACGACAACGAAAAGGCGGAGGCCACGCUGGAUGCCGACAUCGAGGAGUGUUACGAGUACGAACUGGUGGGCGUUACUGUUCACACGGGCACUGCGGAUGGCGGUCACUACUACAGCUUCAUUAAGGAGCGCACGAAGACCAGCUAUCAUCCCCACGAACGCUGGUUCCUCUUCAACGACGCCGAGGUUAAGCCCUUCGAUCCUUCACAGAUAGCAGCGGAGUGUUUUGGCGGCGAGAUGACGAGCAAAACCUACGACUCAGUGACGGAGAAGUAUCUGGACUUUAGCUUCGAGAAGACCAAUUCCGCUUACAUGCUGUUCUACGAGCGCCGAUUGCCUGAGCAUUUGCAGCGCCGCCAUUCCGAGCUGCUGGUUACACCAACGCCCAGUCCAACUGUGGAGGAGAAACCCGAGGCCGAAGAGCCCACUAAAAUGGAAACCAGCAGCAGCGAAAGCAAGGCAGAGGUGGAUGUUGAAGUGGAUGAUCCGGAGAAGGUUAAUGAGCAGCCCACAAAAGCUGACAAAGAUUCCGCGGAGACUCCCAAAAAGGAAGAAGUCACGGAGGAGAAGGCCAAUGAGAAGGAGCCAGAGAAUAAGGAUUCCCGACUAAAUGAUAGUGAAACGAAAUCUGAGGCAGAUAAGAAGCCCGCGGAGAAGACGAGCGAUGGCAAGGAGGAGGAGAAGCAGCCAACAGCCAAUUGUGAUAAUCAUAAGCCAAGCAACAAUAGCCACAACAAAGCCAGCAACGAUCAGCAGCCUUCCACGUCGAAGGCUGCCCAGAAGCUGCAACUAAUUCGUCCGUUGCUGAACAAGGACCUGGAGGAUUGGAUCUGGCAGGACAACCGCCAGUUCCUGCAGGAUCGCAACAUCUUCGAACAUACAUAUUUCAACUUCAUGUGGCAGAUUUGUGGGCACAUACCCCAGUCGUUGAUUUCGGAGACGGACGUCACCUGCAUGGCAGCCAAGUUGUCGGUGUCGUUCUUCAUUGAGACCUUCAUUCAUGCCAAGGAAAAGCCCACCAUGGUUCCCUGGGUGGAACUGCUGACCAAGCAGUUCAAUGCCAGCCAGGAGGCCUGCGAGUGGUUCUUGUCGCACAUGUCGCUGGAGCCCUACUGGCCUCUUCAGGUUCUCAUCCAGUGCCCCAACCAAAUGGUGCGCCAAAUGUUCCAGCGAUUGGUUAUCCACGUCAUUCAGCAAUUGCGCGCCUCCCAUGCGGAUCUGUAUCUGGACGUGGAGACGGACGAGGACGACAAGGAGCAGAUUGGCCAGGCCUCGUGCGUCACGCGUUUCAUCGGUUCGCUAAUCUCGCUGCUGGAGCAAGGCGCCCGAGCGAACCUGCGCCACCUGUCCGAGUACUUUGGCCUUCUGUGCGAGUUUUCGCGAAUGGGAGAUGAGGAAGCCAUGUACUUGCUCCGCAUUGGGAUCCUUAAGAGCCUGGUGGACUUCUAUCUCGGCCACAAGCAAACCGACAGCAUCGACAUAAGCUCGGACAACGAAGACAACUCCUCGGACGAGGCGCUUUCCGUGGAGAAGAUGCGACCGGCCUCGCUGGACAAAAUGAUUGCGCUGUGCGCCAGCCUGGUGGAGAGAUCUCGCGGACCCGAUUUCCGGCUACGACUGUCGUCCAAAGACUUUACUGCUAUCGCCGGCGGAAAGGGGUUUCCAUUUUUGUACCAACAAAUAAAGGACGGCAUUAAUCCGCACCAGACCAAGCAUUUAAUCCACGCCCUCUGUCGCUGGGACGAGCGCCUGGCCACUCAGAUCAUCGGCAUGCUCUUCGCCUCGGUGACCAAGCACACGGAGCUAUGCGCGCCAUUCUUCAAGCUGCUCACCUUGCUCACCGAGACGCAGGGCGGCCCGGUGGGCCUGCCCUGCUUCACCCAGCUCAUCCUGCCGCGCAUGUGGGACGCGGCCGAGUACUGCCCGCAGUCGGUGCUCGACUGGCUUUCGUUGCAGGCCACCAAGAACAAAAUCGCCCACGCCUGGAUCCUCCAGUCCGCCGAGCAGUGGCUCGAGCAAUUCCUGUUGGCCCACGACAACACCCGAGUGAGGAAUGCUGCCGCCUUCCUGCUGGUGGCUUUGGUGCCCUCGCAGCCUUUCCGGGCCAACUUCCGCGCCCACUCGCAGCACAAGCUGCUGGCCCUCAACCCGCACAGCUAUCGCGACAUCAACAGCGAUGCCCAGGCUGUGCUGCACCAGGUGAUCACUUUGCUGUUGCGCCUGCUGCGUCCUGCACGGGUCUAUGCCGAUAUCGGGGCCCACGGCACCACCAAGCUGACUGCCUACUUCAACCUGCUCAGCUAUUGUAUGGUUUCAAAGACUGAAAAACUAAUGAUAGGUUCGUUCAUGCGCUCCCUGUGGGAGCUGUUUCAUCCGCGCCUCUCGGAGCCCAGUGUUCCGGCCCAUCACAACAAGCACGCUCUGUUAACAUUUUGGCACCACUCACUGGUCGACUGUCCCGAAAAUGCAGCCCAGGUGGCCAACUGCCCGGAGAUCACGCGCAAUAUUGCAUUUAACUACAUAUUGGCCGACCAUGACGACGCGGAGAUCGUCACCUACAACCGUUCCAUGCUGCCCGCCUACUACGGACUGCUCCGCCUGUGCUGCGAGCAGAGCCGAGCCCUCACCCGCCAGUUGUCCCAGCACCAGAAUCUGCAGUGGGCCUUCAAGAACAUCACCCCGCAUCCCACGCAGUACGCGGCCGCCGUGGACGAGCUCUUUAAACUGAUGGCGCUGUUCGCCACCCGCCAUCCGGACGCCAGUGAGCAGGAGAAGCUCGAUGUCACCCAGUUCAGGCGGGCAGUGAUCGUGUCCUACACCAGCAGCCUGGAUGCUCGGGUAUCGUGGUCCACGCUGAUCAGCGCUCUCAAGAUACUUGUGGAUAACGAGGAGGACCGCACAAUGGUGAUCUUCAACGGGGGCAUCGAGAUGUGCUUCGAGGCGCUGCACACGCUACAUUCCAUGCACCACGAGGCCACCGCCUGCCAUGUAGCCGGGGAUCUGUUCGACCUCCUUGGCGAAAUGCUCCUUCUUUUGGCCACGUUUCGCACGCGCACCGACAGUCCGGCGCAAAAGAAGCAGCAGCAGCAACAGCAGCAAAUCGAGCAACAGUUGCAGCUGCAGCAGCAACAGAUGUUGCAGAAGCAACAGCAGCAGUCGCAGAGCCAGACGCAAACACCGCAGACGCCGCAGCAAAAGGAGAAGCAGCUGCAGCAGCAGAUGCAACAACACCUGCAACUGCAGCAGCUGCAGCAAAUGCAAUUCCAGCAGCAGCACUUCCUGCGCCAGCAGCAUCAGCACUCGGCGUUGGCCAAGGCACUUCCGGAUGCCGUCAAGCGGCUGGCCACGCUGCUGAACACCUUCAACUCGCCCGAGAUCAGCCGCAUGGCCUUGGAAGUGCUUAAGGAGUUGGUGCGGAACACCAGCUUGGAGACCAUCAGCAUCCUGGCUCCCAUCCUGAUCAAUUGCCAUCUCUCCGUGGCGAAUGCGCCCAAUGCAAUCGGACCCCUGGGACCUUACUUCCCGCGUCGUGGAGCCAAACACACGCCGUGGCCUUUGGGCGCCAAAAACUCACCCCGUCCGCCGCGUCCAAUGGUACAGAUGUGCAUCGCUCUGGCGGAGCUGACGCCACGCGGACUAGACGCGGACUACGAUGUUCAGGUGGAGUCCUUCUACAGACCCUACCACGACUUCAUCGACGUCAUGAUGCGCAUGUGCGUCAACACGGGCACGCUGAACGACACGCUGGUCAAGCUGCAAUGCCUGGUCGCCAUCGAAUCGACGCCGCUGCACUUCAACUAUUUGCCCAAAUUCUGGGUGGGAAUACACAAUAAUGCACUGACGCACAAAUACGUUGAGCUGCUGGUGAAGAACCAACUGCUGGUGGAGUACUUGCACAAUGUUUUGCGGGACGAGCGCAGCAUGCUGAAGGACGCCUGCGUCCGCGAAUUCCUGGAGCUGUACUACCACAAAGUGGCCGCUCAGCUGCCAGUGGCCAGAAUGAUCUACACGAUUAACUACGGGAUGCACUCGAAAGACGACAUCGACGAGUUGUGCGGCGAUCUGUUUGCCAUUCGGAUUAUUGCCCAGGCCACUGGAGUGCCGGCCUCGGUGCGCAAGGAGCUGCGAGGGUCUUUGAGAGCGCUUCAGAACAAGAGCGAAAGAUUCAGGAAAGAGUCGGAGCGGGAUCCUUUCCCAAACAAGAAGCUGAAACGCGACUCCCAGAAGGAAAAGGAAAGGCAACAGGCGCAGUCGGAGAGCGAGAACGCCUCCUCGUCAGGAGAUGCCGACAAGCCCGCAGACGUUUCCAUGGAGUCCAGCGGCAACUCGGAACCAGUGACGGACACCACCAAACCACCCACUCCCGCCGGCAGCGAGGAUGAGAUGGAGAAGACGUCGAUACCCUCGUCCGAUGACGAGACCGAACUGGAGGAUGAGCUGGAGCCGACGCCUAAGCGCAAUAAGAAGGCGACGAACAAGAAGACCGCCCAGGAUCGCAUCAACGAGGAGCGUGAGAAGCGCCUCAUCACGCUGAUCACUAUGGAAUCGUAUAUCCAGAGCAUUUUCGCCAUCCUGAAGCGGGAUUCAAGUGUGCCCAGUGCGGGGGCAACCAAGGAACCUAGUGAAGAGCCCUGUGGCGAGGCCUCCACAUCAGCGGCCGCAGCUGUUAAGUUGUCCCGGCCCAAAGGAGCCUGCACCCCGCCCGAGCCAAUGGCCGAAGCGAGCGACUCUCGGUGCAACAUGGACACGGAGACCGAGGCGGAGGAGCCGUCGCCGAAGGCCAGCCAGACGAACGGAAGCCAACCGACCGAAUCCCCGCCAGCGGCCUCCGGUGGAGACACUGCCCCCGCAAACCCCUCUCCCGCUCCCUCGGCAUCCGUUGCGUCCACGUCCCAGGCGGCGAGUCCAACACAGAUUUAGUUGUCAUUCAACGAUUUGCUCAGCAUUUUGUUUUUCGGCAAGCCACUGGACUGAUAAUGGCCGCCGGGGGCUGACCACGGCCGAGCUCCUAACCUGUAAGAAUUUCGUGGCCAAAGGUCAAUGUUAGGUAAACGUAAGCAACCCAAGGUUGGUGCUAAUGGUUGGCUUGGGGGCGAACCCACAACCCAGAAACACACAAAAUCCGACAGACUAACGGCAGAGCAACACAAGCUAUUUGGCCCCAUUCCGAUUUUCCAUUGCGAGGAAUCAGUGGACAGUGCUGCAAGUGGAAACGGGUUUGGGGUUAAUAGAUACUUAGUUAAGAGUUAAGCUUAACAACAAAUAGUAAUGUAACACACACAUUCAAGCCCAACACGCAGACACACCCGACCGGUCCACACACAUAUAUUCAAUAUAUAUAGAGAUACAUGUAACUAAUUUAAGACUACCGAGCACGCAGAUCCCCGCAGCGAAGGAAACCCGUAAGAGAUCCCCUUUCAUUUGGUUAGUUAAAAGGAAACGUUUAAGCCACACGAUGGAGAAAUUUGUUAAGCCAAAUAAAAAAUCACAAGAAAAGCGGUGGAACUAGGCAUCAUUAAUACUACAAAAUAAAUGUGUGAACGAGAGCAGUUGAAGAUCAGUGAAACGGCUUACGAGACGCUAAUAUCUAUAUAUGUUGUAUUAGAUCCAUUAAGUAUCAUUUAUGAAACGAUGCUAAGAACAUUUGCUUACCUUCCUCUCCCGCCACUCCCCCCACAACCCCCAUGCACCAAAAGCGAUACGUUAGAAGUGAACAGAUAUUAUAAUAAUAGAACUUAACGAAACAUUUUAAAUAUUGGAUGUGUUAAAAUAUGUCAUAAUCAUUUUCAAUGUAAAUCGCAUUACGCAAACCAAUCGAACAGUUUUUAGUUCACGUCCGACAAGGAUACGAUGUAAUGUUUAGCUCGUAAGGAUUGUAGAGAGUUGUUGUCCCAAGUGAAACACGACAGGACAAAAAUGAUAACAUUAAAUAAAGUAACUGGCCAGCGCCGAAAAAGGUCGCGUAUAUUGAUAGUUUUAAGCACACACAAACAUAAGCGAUCGAAAUCCACACAAUGUAAUGUUGAAAAACAAACAAAAAAAACAAAAACACAAAACUAAAUCACACCCAAACAAAUCAUGAGAAUAAUAAGUUUAAAUGAUAUGUAAUUGAAUCGAA